GCCCUGCCUCUCCCCCACAGUCACACAGGAGCUUCCAACUUUCCAGCGCGCCACGCACAGCGCGCUGUCGGACCUUAUCUCUCACCGCGGGGACUUUUUUUUCCUUUUACCUUUUCUGCUCGCUUUCCUCUUUUCCACUUUUCCCACGAGAUGUUGGCUGCGCUCGUGCGAGGAGAGCAUGUAUUCGCCUCGCGCUCUCGGACAAUGAUGAAUUAGAGAAACAUUUUAUGUUCUCUCUCCCUGACUGCUCGCGGACAACUCCGGGGCCAACGCGCGCGCGCUCUGCGCAGGUACACAGACGGCCCCGCCACCGCACCCCUGAACGCAACACGGGCCGCUGAAGAGCCGCGCAGGGAUUUUCUAUUAUUAUUGAUUUCAGCUUAGAGAAAGAGAGAGAGUGUGUGUGUGUGAUCGAUCUGUUGGGAUUGGCUUUUUCAGUGGCUUGCAGGGUUGGAUCUGAACUUGUAUUACAAGAAAGCUGUGAGAUUUAAAGAGAGAGCGUGCCGUUGGAGGUUUGUCCACCAUGAGGCCGGAUGACAUGUGGACGGUGCUCGUCCUCCUGGUGCUGUCCAGCUUGACUUCGGGGAAUCAAAUCAGCAGUAAUGAAGUAGUUGCCGCACCCAGAGUCUUUAUCUCCUUCAAAGAGCUGAGGUCCACUGGUACAGCUCAUCACUUUGCCUACCUGCUGAAUGCGUCCGACUACCGGAUCCUCCGUAUGGAUGAGGACCAUGACCGCAUGUAUGUUGGCAGCAAGGACCACAUCCUGUCCCUAGACCUCCAUGACAUCAACAAGAGUCCACAUAUUAUCCAUUGGCCAGUGUCCGAACGAAGGCGGACAGAAUGCCUCGUGAGCGGGAAGGAUGCCAGCGAGGAGUGUGCAAACUUCAUCCGUCUAAUUGAGCCAUGGAACCGGACCCACCUGUACAUCUGCGGGACAGGAGCCUACAAUCCAGUCUGCACCUUCGUCAACCGGGGGCGUAAACCUCAGACGUCCAUGUAUCUGCAGAUGGCCCUGGCCGGGGGAAGGGCCAGCCGCGCGGCCGACCCCAGCGCGGUGCACGACACACUUGGACUGAAGGAAGAAAUUUUCCACUUGGAGCCGGGAAAAGUGGAAUCUGGGAAGGGGAAGUGCUCCUACGACCCAAAGCUCAACAGCGUGUCAGCUUUGAUUAAUGGAGAGCUGUAUGCCGGCGUCUACGUCGACUUCAUGGGAACGGACUCGGCCAUUUUUCGUACUUUGGGGACAAAAACUGCAAUGCGAACAGACCAGUACAACUCCAGAUGGUUGAAUGAUCCCACCUUCGUUCAGGUGCACCUCAUCCCGGACAGCGCGGAGAGGAACGACGACAAGCUGUAUUUCUUCUUCAGGGAGAAAUCCUCCGACAUGGGUCAGAGUCCCGUGACCCAGUCCCGCAUUGGACGCAUCUGCCUGAACGACGAUGGAGGUCACUGCUGUCUGGUCAACAAAUGGAGCACCUUCCUGAAGGCCAGGCUUAUCUGCUCAGUCCCCGGGACCGACGGCAUGGAAACACACUUUGAUGAGCUCCGAGAUGUUUACAUCCAGCCAACACAGGACACAAAGAACCCCGUCAUCUACGGCGUCUUCACCGUCUCUGGGUCCGUGUUCAAAGGCUCGGCCGUUUGCGUUUACUCCAUGGCCGACAUCCGCAUGGUCUUCAACGGGCCCUUCGCCCACAAAGAGGGUCCCAAUUACCAGUGGGUGGCGUACACGGGGAAGAUCCCCUACCCUCGCCCCGGCACUUGCCCUGGAGGAACAUUUACGCCCAGCAUGAAGUCCACAAAGGACUACCCAGAUGAAGUGAUCAACUUCAUGAGGAAUCACCCUGCCAUGCACAACGCAGUCUACCCAGUGCACAAGCGCCCCCUGGUGGUCCGAACCAACGUGGACUAUGAGUUCACCACCAUCUCAGUGGACCAGGUGACAGCUGCAGACGGCAAUUAUGAAGUGCUCUUCUUAGGAACUGACAAGGGAACAGUUCAGAAAGUCAUCGUCCUGCCCAGGGACGACCUGCAGACCGAGGAGCUGGUUCUGGAGGAGGUUGAAGUCUUUAAGGUUCCCACUCCUAUAACGACGAUGAAGAUCUCAUCCAAAAGGCAACAGCUGUACGUGUCUUCUGCGGUCGGCCUGACCCAGUUAGCCCUCCACCGGUGCGACGUGUACGGCGAGGCGUGCGCCGACUGCUGCCUGGCCAGAGAUCCGUACUGCGCCUGGGACGGCAAGUCCUGCUCCCGGUACUCGGCCUCACAGAAGAGGCAAUACUGGUCUGACCCAUUUAGACGUAGCCGGAGGCAGGACGUCCGGUACGGGAAUCCCAUCCGACAGUGCAGAGGCUUCAACUCCAACGCCAAUAAGAACACUCUGGAGAUGGUGCAGUACGGGGUGGAGGGAAGCAGCACCUUCCUGGAGUGCCAGGCCCGAUCUCCGCAUGCCGUCAUUAAAUGGCACCUGCAGAGAGACAACAGUGACCGCAGGAAAGAGAUGCGCUCUGACGGGCGGAUUCUGAAGACCGAACAGGGUCUGCUGCUGCGCUCCCUGCAGCCGUCGGACUCCGGCAUGUACCAGUGCACCGCCACCGAGAAGAACUUCAAACACACGCUGGUCAAGCUGCAGCUGGUCGUGCUGUCGGGCCGCGCCGUCAACAACGCGCUGGUGGACGGCGGCGGCCUGGUGCCGUCGUCCCUUCACUCGGCCGGCGCCCAGUGGACCCCCAGCGCGGGCCAGUACAAGGACCUGCUGACCAUUCUGAGCCAGCCCGAGAUGAGCCUGAUCAACCAGUACUGCCAGGACUACUGGCAGUUCGGAGACCCGCUGCUGGGAGCGCUCAAGGCGAAAGACCUGAAGGAGCUCAAGGAGCAGAAGAAACCCCGCAACCGUCGGCAUCACAGGGAGCGACAUGAGGAGGAGGAGGAAGAGGAAGAGGAGCAGCAGGGAGUAGAGACAUGAGGAAGCUGACUGUGUGUUUGAAACACAACCUGCCCCCCCACCGACCCUCCUCCACCCCCGAGAAAACUGGGAAAGACUCGAUGAGAUGAGAGAGUAGCAGCUUGAAAGAAAAAGAUGAAAAAAAUCUGCAAACUGAAUGAAAACGGCUUCCAAACGAAACCCCAGACACACACACACACACCCCAACACACACACCUCCCUCAAGCAGUAACAUAUAUAAUACACAGUAUUUAUUGUAGGUUGUAAAUAGUACCAUUCUGUGGAUUUCUUUGUACUUGCAGUAAAAAAAAAUAGAAAGAAAAGAAGACAAGCUCUUUGUGUAUAGGUACCACUUUGGGGUGGGAGGGCGGGGAGAAUAUUAUUGUCGUUGAUUUCAAUGUUGCUGUUACUGUCGGUAGGAAAAACCCCAUUCAUCAGCAUCGUGUGAACUUUGACAGCCUGCGUGCGAGGAACGCGUUGUUGGAGCGCGAGCUGUUCGGACUCAGAGCGGACUACGACGAGGAGCUGCUGAGAACAAGGUGACGGGAGAAUUUUUUUUUUUUUUUUUUUACUGUUAUUAUUAUUAUUGUUAUUGUUAUUUGUGGAUACUCCAGAAGAGUCUGUGUUGCAGCCUCCCUGUGGCUGCAUGCAGAGAGAGAGACUUCAUGUUGGAAGAGGGACCACUGGACCUUGGUCCCAGUUAUCUGUGGGGGGUCAAGGGUCAGGGGUCAGGGGGGGGACACACUGCUUUUCUCAGUGGGAAUCUUUGUGUUUCUUUUCUGUCAUGUCUGUGUAGAUCAGAGGGACUGAUUGUAAAAACAAUGUGGACCGUCGCUGCGUCUCGCGCCAGCUACUAAUCGGGAUCCAAGAGAUUUAUUUAAAAAACAAAACUAAAUAAAUAAAUAAAAUGUUUACUUUCAAAAA